AUGUUAAAGAGAAGGAUGAACAGAGUAGCCCAUAUGGUUCGGCAUUCCAGUGCUUGGGAAACAUUCAUGAUGCGUUCCCAGGAUUCCAUUCUUACGGAACGGAAGGCAAGUGAGAGUGGAAUUGAAACGGGAAAACGAAGUAGCAGUACAAUAAUCUGUGAUUUUGAUACUGAAGCACCGACUGAAGCAACACGUCGUAAAGAAUUUCUGCUGAAUACAUUAAAAAGAGAGGUGAAAGUCAUUAUGGAAGAGUCUGUAAAUCGGAAAGCAAUUAGCGCCAAAAGCACAUAUGUGACCUCAUUAUGCGCAGCAGUGGAGCAAUGUUUAUUAGAUGGUUUGAAACGUCGUCUGCUUGGACUAUUCGGCGAACGUUCAACUUACGCCCUUCUGCAUAAUAUUGCUAAAUUUUGUCCAGAAGCAGCAACUGUAUUGACACUUACAGUCAAAGCUCAUGAUGACGAAAUUACUUGUCGGCGAUACUAUGAGAAGAGUUCAUUGAUGUUGGAUGCUGCCAAGGGAGGUGUUGUAGCAGCCUUACUCGUUGGACCGUGUGCUAUUAAUUAUACAAUGAUGGAUCAUCAGUAUGAUCCGUAUGAAGAACCAUUAGCAGGUGAACUGGUUGAGCGACAUCGCAGCAUUCAUUCAUGUUCAGCUACUCCUCCCACACCCAAAAGACCACCAUUAACAGUGAUGAAGCGUGGUAGUAGCAUAGUAACGAGCGUUGAUAGUUGUUCAUCACCCAUGUGUACAUUUGGACGUGAUUACGUGUAUUCAUUACAUCAGAACGUGAAAGCAUCGUUGCUAUACGGCAAAAAUAAUGUCACCGCAGCUAUAUCACCUGAUGGACUGCCAAUGAAGGGUUAUCUAUCGCUGCAUCAGAAUUCACCCGGAAAUUUGACUGUCAAGUGGUCACCCAAUCAGUUGAUGCAUUCAAGUUCGCAGCCAUCCUCAGCCUCCUGCGAUAAUCUUCUCUGUGAUGGUGAUUGGCUUUGGAGGCAUAUUAUCAACAUCAAUAUCAGCGAUAUCAUCUACAUACACAUACAUCAGUAUAAUGAGAAUUCACCAACAACACUUGUUUUCGUUGGAGGUGACGGUGUGCAACAUUCACCAAUGCAAUUCCAGGCUGGCCAUCAUUUGCUCGCCUUUCUUUCUUGUCUCGAAAGUGGUUUGGCACCUUACAAUCGACUUGAUCCACCCCUAUGGAUUUCCAAAGAGAAAG